AUGUUUUACCAACACGAUGGAGCACCCGCCCAUUACGCCGCAAGUGUAAAGGCCUAUUUAAAUACAGCCUUUCAAGACAGGUGGAUCGACCGCGAUGGUGCUGUCCCGUGGCCCUCGCGGUCACCGGAUUUAAACCCCUUGGAUUUCUUCCUUUUGGGGUACCUGAAGAAUGAAGUGUACCGGCAGCCGGUUUCCACGCCCGAGGAAGUCGUUGCACGAAUCCACGCCGCGCUGGUGAAGCUGCAACCCAGCAUCCUCCGGAACGUCCAGGGCGCUGUUAUUCGAAGGGCGACGACGUGUCUAAGAGAAAACGGCGGUCACGUCGAGCCCUUUCUCCAAUGA